UCAGAACCGUUUAGAGCUGCUGAUCAUCUUAACGACGGCAAGCAUCACCUUCUGCUGGCCGCCACCGGUUCGGUCGCUACUAUCAAGAUACCAAACAUUGUUUCAGCGUUGUCGAAGUAUGACAACCUCUCUAUCCGCAUCCUGCUCUCCGACUCCGCGGCCAACUUCCUCCAAGGUCAAGCCGCAGAACAGCCUCACCUUGAAGACAUUGUUGCGAUGAAGAACGUAGAUGCCAUCUACUUCGAUAACGACGAGUGGCGCAAACCUUGGGUCCGGGGUGACAAUAUCCUCCACAUCGAGCUUCGUCGCUGGGCUGACUUGAUGGUCAUUACACCCUUGUCAGCGAACAGUCUGGCCAAACUCGCUCAGGGCAUGUCUGAUAACCUCAUUAGCUCGGUAGCUAGAGCGUGGGAUGCGUCUGGCAUGAUUGAUCAGGCUCGGCCCGGUGUGCCUCUUCCGUAUGACGGCAAGAAGGGCAUUAUCGUUGCUCCAGCGAUGAACACGGCUAUGUGGCACAAUCCGGUCACGGCUGAGCAUCUGGACAGGUUGGAGAACGUCUGGAACGUGAAGAACGGAGGUUGGUUCGAAGUGCUUCGACCGAUUGAGAAGGAGCUCGCCUGUGGCGAUACCGGGUCCGGAGCGAUGCAUGACUGGAAGCGGAUUGUCGCGACCAUUGAGGCUCGUCUCUCUCUU